CCAUUUCUUGUUUGCCUUAUAAUCGAAUGUCAUUUGCCCAUUGAUUGGUAACCAAAGAUGUUGCUCCGCGGUCUUCUAUUCUCUCUCUUUUUCCUGGUGGUCUGGGGAGCAUCUCCGGUACCAUAUGACUGUCUCAAUUGUAUCUGCGAGGUAGAGUCUAAUUGUGCCAUGCCUAACCCACCCUGUAGGAUGGACGUGGGAUCACUAUCGUGUGGCCCAUUUCAAAUCAAGCAGGCAUACUGGACGGAUGCUAAGCGGCACGGCGGGUACCUCAUGGGAUCAUGGAGUGCAUGUACUGCUAACUGGGGUUGCAGUCGGAAUGCUGUCCAGGCCUACAUGACUCGCUAUGCCACGGUCGGGCGUUUAGGGCACACGCCAAGAUGUGAAGACUUCGCGCGUAUUCACAACGGCGGCCCAAACGGCUUCCAGAAAAGCGGCACGGUUGCUUAUUGGAACAAAGUAAGGGCAUGUCUGUAACACAAUGAUGUUGUUGAGCCUUGCCCGAAUUAAGAAAAAAAUUCUGGAGAUAACGUAUAGAAAUAUGGACAAAAUAUAAAGUUUAUAGAGAUGAAAUGCGCUUCAGCCAUCUUUUCAAUUAAGGGGGGGGGGGGUGUAAACUGUGAAGUGCCACAGGAGUGGUCUGUAAUUAACUACUUAAGUGUAGAGCUUUGAAGUAAACUUUGGCCAACAGAAUUGUUUGGGUUAAGGGGGUAGGAAGCAAAUGUUUCAAGAAGAAGAAGAAAUAGGCCUACUAAAGAAUUUGGAUCGAAGCAGGACGCUCUCUAUUAGUAGCUUGAUGAUGUAUCCAUCAGCAAAUACAGAGCGCCAUCUAAGUCGACUAUAUAGAUAUUGCGAACUUUCAUACAGAGCAUUGUUUAAUUGAUUAACCCUCUUGUGAUGGUCGAUUUCAUUUAAACUAAUAUGUUUCCUUCUAUAAAGGAGUCCAGACUUAAGUAUUUCCUAGAAUCCAAUUAAAAAUUUGUCAAACGAAAGAAAUAUUAACAGAUUUUGUCAGUGAUCAAAGCUAACUUCUCUUCGUUCUGCUUAUAAGUUGAUUGUUUUCUUGAUUGGGUAUUUCAUGAAUUACAGACUCUAUUUCCAUCGCGAUUUAACGAUGUUAUAAUGCUUAUUGAGAACAAACAUUAGCACAAUACAAAUAUCUUAUAAUAUAUGAAAUAAAUAAGCACAUUAUUUCCAGUGAA